CUAUAUGAAAGUAGUGGUCGCCAACAUCAAACUAGGCAGCUGAUAUCUUUAAACUCAAUUAAAAUUAUAGCCGAGUGUCCCACUUGUGGAAUGAAGUUGAAGCAAUUCAGGGACAGUCUUGUGAGACAAUUCGUUAUUGCAUGUGACCAGUGACACUUAAUGCAUGCUUUGAGGAUAUUUCCAGGCAGGGCUGUAGGCCUACAGCAGGCACACUGUUAAAUGCAUGGAUUAUGGAUUAAAUCAACUUAUACAGAUUGUGUUUCACAGACUGACCAUGCCUGGAGCAUGCUGUAAGACAGGCCCAACCCCUCUCCCUGUGGCUCCACCCCAGAGGUUCUAUACAACACCCUGGUACGUCCUGGACAGAAGCAUGUGAUGGAAGGAGUACAUACGGACCAUGUCAGGAGACACUUGUGUUCCUAUUAAGGGUUUUAAAUUCAAAGUUUCUGUGAUACAUUAAGGAUAUACUGUUAAUCAUGGCCCUGAUUAUGGACACGAGUGAGAUCCCCUGUGAUCCCUCCAUGGUGGACGAGAAUGGUAACGGUCUUCCAUGGGGACUUACAGACCAUAAUGGGCUGGUUGAUGUGCUCAAGAAAAGAUGUGAGAAGGUACUGGUGAUCGACAGUCGGUCUUUCCUGGAGUUCAACACCAGCCACAUCCAACAGAGUGUAAAUGUAUGCUGCUCCAAGCUGGUCAAGCGGCGUCUUCAGCAGGACAUGGUACACGUGAGAGACCUGCUGGCACAGACAUGUCAUGUGGAUAUUGACGAGAGUUGGAAUGUCAUCGUGUACGAUCAGUGCACGGAGGACCCCUCCCUCUUCACUGAGGACAACUUCGUCUACGUCCUGUUACGCAAAUUGGCACUUGUCUACAACUCUGUCACUUUCCUCAAAGGAGGGUUCCUGGCAUUCCACGCUAUGCACCCCUCUCUGUGCGAGAGCAAGUCCAGCUGCAGUUACAAGUGUGCCCCCCUCACCUCGCUGUCCCAGCCCUGUCUCCCUGUAACCAACAUCGGACCAACACGUAUCCUGCCCUUCCUCUACCUGGGCUCACAGCGAGAUGCUCUCUCUCAGGAAACAGUUCAGGUAAACGGGAUUAACUACAUCCUCAACUUGAGUACCAACUGUGGACAGCCGCCAUUUGUCCAAGAUGGCCACUUCCUUCGCAUUCCAGUCAAUGACAAUUAUAGUGAGAAGCUGCUGCCAUAUUUCUACCAAGCAUUCCAGUUCAUUGACAAGGUGCGCGAGGCAAAUGGCUGUGUCUUGGUGCACUGCCUGGCAGGAAUCUCCCGUUCACCCACACUUGCUAUUGCCUACAUCAUGGAUCACAUGAAGAUGUCUUCCGACGACGCCUACAGGUAUGUCAAGGACAAGCGACCAACCAUAUCACCAAACUUCAACUUCCUUGGGCAACUUUUAGACUUUGAAAAGCAGUUGCGACAAGGAUUGUGUGAAAGUGGCAAGAAAUCCCCUGAUGGUGCAGCUAAGACUUACGAACAUCGACCAACUCCCUUUGUGAUGGAUUUGCAGUUGUGUAGUCCAUCUUCUCCCGUAACAAAGUCUUUCAACAGGAACCCGAUUCAUUUUGAAACUGGUUUUCCUUGUGGAGAAACAACUGUGAAAAUUGCAGCUUCAUUGACACAGACAGCAGCAGCGGCGGCAGCAGCAGCAGCAGCAACAGAGGAGGCAGCACAACCAGAGAUGGAGGACCAAAGUGGACCAUGUGCACAAAGUGGUGUUGAGAGUGUGUCCAUCUGUGCUAGCUCAGACAAUCAGACAGAGGAUCCCUGUCUCAUUCUUCCUCUCACCUCCGACAUCUCCUCCUCAUGUGAACUCACGGACACCGUCACACUCAGAAAGAAGUGCGCUCAUCCUCAGUCGUUAUCUCUGGGUGUUCAACAGCAAGAAUCAAUGCAAGUAGAUUCGAGUCCAAGUGAUAGGACAUUUGUGAAGGAUCAUAUGACCCUCGAGACUAAGACAAUUCGUUCCACAAGAAGGACAUUCUCACUCAAUCUCAGCCCAGUGACAAUGAGUCCAAUUUUUCCAUCAGCUAGUUCACCUCAGUCUCGACCAGUUUCAAUGGAUAGCUUUAAGAUACAAUCUCCAUUGAAAAGGACAUCCACGCCAAGUCGGCCUACAUCUCUCGAAGGGUUAUCUUUGCCUUCAUCUGAGAACAAUACACCAUCAACACCAAGCAAGCCAUUCUCAUUGCUUGGACUGCUUCCUUCUGAAAGCAACAUGCCAUUAUCAAAAUCCAAACAUUUGAGGUUGCCAGGAGCAAGCUCUAGCUCAGGACUUCCCUUCAGUCUUCAGUCACCAACGACAGCCAUGGCCAAACUUAACUUCAGUCCAACUCUUGCGGAGCAGAUGGAAACUGUCACUGUGGAGAAUGAGUCCCAGGUUCACAACUUUCCAGCUACCUCACUUGACAAACUCAGCUUCACUCCAUGCCUGGCUAGCGACGAAAGCCCAGGCAAACAUAAAGGGGCAGUAGCCACAAAGCGACCAAUCAGCACAGCUUCAACCGAUUCUAAAUCCUCGGAGCCAAUAUCACCUAUGUCCAUCAGUAGUGUUAGCUCAAGCAGCAGUGCAUCUGUGCCGUCGCCUGUCACCAACAAAGUUGUGUUACGCUCCAAGAAGCCAUCUUCUCGGAGUUCCCCCAGUUCAAGUACCUCUCCAGUGUCGGAGACCAAAUCUCUAGAACCUUCCUCACCCAUGUCCAUAAGUAGUAGUUCUUCUGGAUCUAGUGUCACAUCACCAACGGCAACGACCUCCAAGGUCAUCUUACGAUCUCGUGAGAACAAGGCAAAGCGACCAAUGGUACGCCCCAACAGUAUUGCCUUCUCUACUUAUCCUACCUUCGACCUUGGCUCUGACUGUCAAGACUCGCCGACUUCCGGCAGUGCGUCUCAGGAUGACACGUCAGAGGCUUACAUGUUACAGAACAGUAAGAAAUCAAAACAGGAGGAUUCAGAAAGUGACUCUUUAUCAGAGAAGAAAUUCAGGUGGGGCAAAUACUCUGAAAGAGAAGUGUAUAAACAAAUCACUGCUGCAAUGAAUAGUGCUAUGUUACGGACCAGAGUGUACGAAGCAUCUCGGAAAGCUCGCAGCUUGGACGAUAUUUUAAGUUCCGAGGAAGGAAAUGCUAGUAGUGACUGUGAUUGCACAAUGUUCGGGAAGAUUCCACGACGCUGCGGCCCAGGCGACAGGUUUACAUCCCCAUCCUCAUUCUUCGAUCACCUUCCGUGUCGGUGUCGUGGGUCAUCCGACCCGUAUCAGUCUAAUAGCAGCAUAUCCUCGAGCGGCAGUCACAGCUCACUGCAUGGGAGUCUGGAGAUCAUUCAGCUCUCCAACUUGGCUCCCACUAGAAAUCCUCAAAGCAGAAAAAGACUUGUAAGCAUCAAAACAUUAUUUUUGUCAGUGUUGUCUUUACCUUGAGUUAGUGGGGUUUCAUCAGAUGUUUGUCAUUUGGAAAUUUACUGACACAAUAUUUCACAGUAUCUGUCUUACCUGUGUCAUUCAUCUGUUAUGUCACAUUUGGACAUCAAAUUAAAGAAAUCAUGUUAGAACUUUUUUCAACUACUGAUACAUUUAACAAUGAAAACAAUAAUAUCUCUCUCACAGGAAUUGGUCAUGGUGUAUUUAAUUACGGUAGUUAUUACCUGUAAAGUUAAAUAUAAAACAGUGUUCGAAAUUUUGGUAGUCAGGGGUUCUUGACUUCUUGAAAUAAAGGGACCCAACGAUUUAUUUUCUGUGAUUAGGAUUGUGAAAUAAAGACCCCUGGACCUUGAUGCCUGAUUUCGAACACUAUGAAGAAAAAGUAUGUUUUGUUUUGACAACCA